AUGGCAAAAAAAGCAGCUGGUCCAAUCAGUCCAGACUACCUUAAAAGCAUCGACUUCAAAAUUAAGACAAUAGAGCUGAAAGGAAAGAAGAUUAAACUGCAGAUUUGGGAUACAGCAGGACAAGAGCGAUUUCACACCAUAACUACAUCGUACUACCGAGGUGCGAUGGGUAUCAUGUUAGUUUAUGAUAUAACUAACGCCAAAAGCUUCGAUAAUAUUGCUAAAUGGUUAAGGAAUAUUGACGAGCAUGCGUCGGAAGAUGUGGAAAAGAUGUUAUUGGGUAAUAAAUGUGAUAUGGGAGAGCGGCGAGUAGUAUCUCGUGAAAGAGGUGAAAAAAUAGCUUGCGAUCAUGGUAUUAGGUUUCUGGAAACCUCUGCCAAGGCAAAUAUACAAAUUGACAAAGCAUUUUAUGACCUCGCCGAAGCUAUUCUUGAUAAGAUGCCAGUUAAGGACGAAGGAAUGAAACAGCCAACAAUACGGCCCGCAGAAACGCAGAGUAAUGUAACAAUAAGUAGAUUGUCAUGCUGUUAA